GGGGUAAGUGUCACAGCACCCAGUGGGGGCGGCAGGCCCGGGAUGGCAGCAAAAAGAGUGUGUGUGGGGGGGUGCAUAUGGGGUGUCUAGAAAAGCAAAAGGGCACUGAGGGGGUUGGAGGAGGGCUUCCCUGUCUACACCACACUUCCCCACCCUGUAGGGAAGAGAAGGCAAGUACAACCUGCUCUCCUUCUCCCAGCUCUCCUUCCCAGCAGCCUCUGUGUGCACCCGCCUUGGCUCACAUCCACCUCCAGGCUGCUCAGCCCUGCCUCUCCGUGGCUGGGAAGGCGGCAGAGAGGCCAGCUGCUGGCCCCUAGGUCCCUCCCAGGGAGGAGCCAGGCUUCUUGGGUCCACUGAGGGGCAGAUUUUUGUAGAGUUGAUUUUUUUAAUCAGUCACAUUUGAAGUCCUGAGGCUUUGCUAGUGAGUCUGGCUUGGCCUCCCUCUUAGCAACAUCGUCUGCUCUCUUCCCCUUGCCCCUUCCUCAUCCAGGGAAUUACUUGCUUAUGUCUUUCCUGAUGGUGCUCCUAGGAGCUGCCAGUGGUGGAGCUGAUCACAGCCCUUGGAGGUCUGACCCAUGGUUAAAACUAGACCAAAGAUCAUCUGACUCCCUCAGAAAGGUUUGGUGGCCUAUGGUGGCACAACUCAAGGCCUCCGAGUCUUAGAAGAGGAGGAGAAGCCGUCGAGCACAGAGCCCGUGGUCACCAACAGCCCCAGCUUCUGAUGGGACACUAAGGCCAGCGCCGCCCGGAACUCAUGGAGACAGCAGUGAUUGGAAUGGUGGUAGUGCUGUUUGUCAUCACCAUGGCCAUCACCUGCAUCCUCUGCUACUUCAGCUAUGACUCAAAGAUCCAAGACCCAGCGAGGGGGCCCCGAGGCAGCUUCACCGUGGCCACGUUUCACCAGGAGGCCUCGCUCUUCACAGGGCCUGAUCUCCAGUCCCGGCCAUUGCCAAGUGCACAGAACUUCUGGACUGUUGUGUGAGGUGGCUAUGGGUCAGGCCCACCUACCCCUUUGAUAAGCAUUGUCUGAGGUCUCUCUGCUCUCAGGCCUCUAUCCUUGUCCUUCUGCACCCCACAAAUGUCAUACCUUUUCCCAUUCUGGCUUGCUGGGCCUUUUAUCCUGGGGAGCUGGGGUGUUGGGACCAGGCAUGAAUUACCUGUAAGCUGAGGAAUCUGCUGGGUCCUAUUCCCAGUGGGGCUGAGGAGCCUGAGGAGGUGUGGGUAGCCACUCUGUGGCAUUUUCUGGUGGGGUAGCUCCAGCGAGCUAUAGAACCUCACCAGGAGUUAGCACCCUGGCAACAGGGUGAUGUGACAAAGUUUAUUUGCCACCCAAGGAACCAGUACCCUCAAGUGGACAUUUUGAGAAACAUUUUUUUUGUUAGUGGUUUUGGACGCUGCCCAGUGCCCAACCCUCAGGCUUGCUCCUGUUGCCUGAGAUCAGCCCUGAAAAUUUGAAAACAAAGAGCUGUGUUCUGGGAACAAGUGACUUAUUUUAUAAUUGAGAAUGUAUAUCCUUUUAUGGGACUUUCCGAAUCGGCUUUGGGAAAACCACAAAAGGAAUCAGAAUAGCAGGAGAGCCACAGAAAGCCCAGGAAAGCCACCGAGAAGGCGUUAAACAUUCUGAACAACACUGGCUUUAUUGCUACAGUCUGACAGACCGGGUCUAUUCUUAGCAAAUGUGAGUGAUUCGCAUCACUUAGGAAUGAUAGAAAAAUCGUGAGCUGAAAGAUAAUUCCAAAAGAGUUAAAAUGUUGUUACCAUGUUUCACUGCAUGGGAGGAAGCUGCUGUUUUUACCACAAAUAAAGAGACACUUGUUUUUAUUACUAGGAAA